AUGGAAACGUCUUCGCAAAUCGUGAAUAAAGUAGAAUCCAAAAAGCAGACACUUGAACGGAUUGCUAAUUUUAUUAGCGAAGCAGAUAGUAAAAUAAGUUCCAUUCUCACAUCGUUUGGUUGGACCAGAGAAAACAUUCUAGAAAGCGAAGCCAACCGGCCAUUGAACACGCCAAAUGAUGAAAAAAGGGCCAAGCUUGAAGAAAAAUUUCUUCCGUCUUUCGUCGGGCCCGACAGUGCGUCCACGAUUCAAAUGGAUAAUAUCAAACAGGCAGAGGCAAUAUUAGAAGACUUUUAUCAGAAUCCGUCACUCGAAUUGGGUGUGCCAUUGGAUCAAAUUUGUGAUCGAGCUCCACCUACAAAUCUUGCGGAUUUUCAAAUCAACUUUACCCGUGAAGAACGAUUGUCCAUUUAUCGGCACGCAGCACGGAACACGCGGCGAGUUCCCGAUGUGGAAGAUAUUAAAAUAAGCUACCAAAAAAGUUCUACGACAGGUCAGAAAGCAACAGCUACACUGGCACAAAUAGCGGCCUACGAACGUGAUGCACGACGAAGGAAUCCCAAGCAUCGGGUUGCGAAAAAUCCGCUCACUUACACCGAAGAAGUACGGCACCUGAUCCACAUUCAAACCGAAGCAUUGGUACAACAUUUGCAACAAACAAAAUCUCCCUCCCGUUCGGAGGUGAAAAGGGAGCCAAAACGGCACAGGAGAUCAUGUUCAAAGUCCAGCGACGAAACCCAAAGCAGACGAAAAAAGAAAAAACGAAACAGAAGUCGAUCACGCUCCAAAGACAAGCCACGGAAACGAUCCCCAUCUAGCGAACGGAAGCACAAGAAAAAGGCCAAAAAACAUAAGAAGCACGAUCGCUAA